AUGCGUACGAAGCAGUCGGAUGAACUGGAAAACCAGGAAAGCACGUGGAUCUAUCUGUUGCACCACCAAGCACCACCGCAGACCCGUCUUACGGCCGAGACCUCACUCACACUACCUUCGCUAAACGUCACCUCCAAGGCAAUCAACGACAGUGCGAUCUUUGGUGAGCAACACCCCAAAACAGCUUUUACACUACCCACAUGUAGAUUGUUGCUUCCCUCACUGUCCUUCAGUACGUCGAAUAUGAUGGUCUCGAGCCAUAACAAGACGUGGAAGCCGAGCAACCAUCUGCCGCUUGUAUCUCUCCCUCGUUUGAAUGACUUGAGAGUUACCACGUCGGACGCGUCACGAUAUCCCAAACGUGCGUGUUUUCCCAAGAAGUGUGACUUUCCCAUGUGCAAAAACAGUUCACGCAGUCGUGGCUUUUGCUACAGUCACGGUGGAGGUCGUCGCUGUCGAGUAGAUGAUUGCAAUAAUGGUGCUGUAAGUCGUGACCUAUGCAAACGUCAUGGAGGUGGACGACGUUGUCGUAUCACUGGCUGCAAGAGCAGCUCGGAAAGCGGUGGAUUGUGCUACAGCCAUGGAGGUGGACGGCGCUGCAGUCUCUCGUGGUGUUCGGCUCGUGCAAAGAAAGGGGGCUUUUGCAUCUUUCAUUUGACGGGAGACAGGACGCCGCCAUCUGUUGACACGACUGCUUCAACUUCAAUGUUGGACAAUAAUGUCCAUCCGAAUGUGGUGGAGACGUUACUGUUGCUUGCCAAUGAUCGAUCGAAUGAUAAAAUGGAGCCGAUCACGUCGUCUCCGGUGUCGCUCAAUACCAGCAGCAAGAGUGCGUACGCUAUUGCUACUCUGCUUAAUUAA